UUUUUUGUAAAUGAUAUAAUUUAAGGGGCGUUUUAUAUUGUUGCAAAUUUAACCAAUUUGAAAACACUGCCAAAAGAAAAAUGCACGCUGUCGUUGUGAAAGAAAAUGAUUUCGUAAAUUCGCCUUGCAGCGGGGAUGCACAGGGAUAGCUUGUGAAGUGGAGGAAGGAUGAAGGAGAAGAGAAAAUGAGCUUGCGUUUUCCCAAUUUUCACGCACGACACGCCUUGGAGGAAGCUGCAAAAGCCACCAAGCAAGUGUUUUGCCGCGCUCUGACGACCAAUAACCACAAAGCUUCUUACUCAGAUGACGAUUUAGUCUACAGUAGCGACGAGAAGCUCCCGCCCAGCGCUGUUGAUCUGGAACUUUUUGCUCAGUUGCAGCAAGAUGGGUCUGCGCAUAAUCCUUACAUCCUCAACAAGAUUAUAUCAUCUUGUGCGCAAACAUCUUCUCUUUUUAUGGGUAUUCAGAUUCAUUCCGCCGUUAUCAAGACGGGGUUCAGCUCUAAUGUCUACAUAUGCAGCGCUUUAGUGGAUAUGUACGGCAAGUGCAGUGUGAUUUCAAGUGCUCAUAAAUUAUUCGACGAAAUGCCUCAAAGAAACGCAGUCACUUGGAAUGUAUUGAUUUCUGGCUACCUUCAUUCAGAGUGCCCCAAAACUGCUGUUGGGUUGUUGUUAGAAAUGCUCAAAGAAGGGAUAGCUCCGACGCCAUUUAGCGCGUCUGCUUUGUUGGGUAGCAGCGCUCAAUUAGAAGCAGAGGAGCUGGGGGCUCAGGUGCAUGGUCUCUGUUUGAAAGCUGGGUUUUACUCUAAUGUUGCUGUGGGAACAGGUUUAAUCGUUAUGUACUCAAAAUGUUCGAAAGUUGGAGAUUCAAGACGGGUUUUUGACGAAAUGGCUGAUAGGAAUGUUAUUACUUGGACUUCCAUGGUUACGGGCUAUGCACACAACGAGAAACCUGAUGAGGCGAUGAUUCUAUUCAGAGAAACGCAACGUUUGGGCCUCAGAUCAAAUUAUGUGACCUAUAAUAGUCUGCUGAGCUCAUUUUGCAGUGCAGAAGAUUUAGAUCAUUGCAAGCAAGUCCACUGCCGGAUAAUUUGGGAAGGUUUUGAGUCAAAUGUAUAUUUAGCAGCCACCCUCUUGACUGUAUAUUCAGAAUGUAGUGGCAAUUUGGAGGACUUUCACAAGAUUUGUUUGGGUAUUACCAGAUGGGAUCAAGUCUCAUGGAAUGCCAUCAUUGCUGGUUUUUCUAAUUUAGGAAAUGGUGAGGAAGCCCUAAAAUGCUUCUCUAAAAUGAGGCAGGCUGGCAUCCAUGUGGACUCCUUCACGUUUACAAGCAUAUUAAAAGCGAUAGGAAGUAUUCCAGCCCUUCAAGAGGGAAAGCACACCCAUGCUUCAGUAUUCAAAACAGGGUACGCUUCUAAUACAUACGUUCAAAAUGGACUUGUUGCAAUGUAUGCAAGAUGCGGUGCAAUUAGUGAUUCGAAGAGGGUUUUCUGGUCAAUGGAGAAACGUGAUUUGAUCUCAUGGAAUUCCCUUCUGUCGGGAUGUGCCUACCAUGGAAAUGGAAGGGAGGCUGUUGAAGUGUUUGAACAAAUGAGAAAUUCUGGGGUAAAACCGGAUAACACCAGCUUCCUUGCCGUGAUUUCUGCAUGUAGCCAUGUUGGGUUGCUCGAUAAAGGACUUGAGUACUUCAAUUUGAUGAGAAAUUAUGCGCUGUUCGAACCCCCCAAAGUAGAGCACUAUGCUUGUAUUGUUGAUCUUUAUGGUCGAGCGGGGUGUCUCCACGAAGCAGAAGCCUUUAUCAAUAAUAUGCCAAUAGAGCCUGGACCAUCAGUUUACAAGACUCUGCUCAGUGCUUGUCGAGUUCAUGGAAAUAGAGAAAUUGCUGUACGUUCUGCAAAGAAGCUUUUGAAUCUGUACCCUGAUGAUCCUGCUUCAUACCUUCUACUAUCAAAUGUGUUGGCUGAGGGGGGUUCUUGGGAUGGAGUAGCAUGGGUGAGGAAGAUCAUGCAUGUUAGCAGAGUGAAGAAAAUUCCUGGUUUUAGUUGGAUUUGAGUUUAGAAAGAGGGAAUGACUACUUUUGUGCUCCGUGGAAGCAGUAAAGCAACCCUGAACUGGCAUCAUCCUAAUGAAACAGGCAGCUGAUACUUAGCUCGUUCCUCUGGAAAGGUAGACAGGUUGACAGAAAUUUAGGGACUGCCCUUAUGUUUGUGCUCCAGGGGAUGAGCUGAUUCAGGUGAGAGAAAAUUACAUGAAAGUUCCACGAAAUUGUGACCCUAAAUAUAAUCAAGUUAUGGCUUUCAGGAUAGAGCUUUGGAAAUCUGAAGUUUUAUGAGAAGUACAGGAAUGAGGUUUCGCUUCUUCAAGCAGAGAUGGGGCUCAAUUUCAUUUGGUUUCAUCAAUCGGCAUUUUGGGGCUGAAAAAAAUGUCAAUCAUGGAACUUAUAUUUCUGGUGCGCAGGAAAUGCGGUUCUAUCGUAUUAUGCAUUUGCGCGGGACAGGUGGAAACUUCUACUGUUGCAUCCUACUUGUGUGAUGAUAAAUUUUUAUGUAGGGUGUACUGCCUUGCAUUUGCUUGAAACAGUUUCCAAAGCUGACUCCUUGCACCUGAUUCAUCCCCUUGAAUAACAGGUUUGCCUGCAAGUCCGUCUUUGAAUUUAUGAUUGAGGAGUGAAAACUAAUGAAGACAGGUAAUUGCUUAGACAGGAAGAAACAAACCAACCCACUUGUCCUGAUUGAGGUGAUUGAAAAAAGAAAGAAAUGGCAGCCCUUUUUGUUCAGGGACAUCUCCAAAUCUAAUGUUUAAAUUCCAAAUCUUAGUCAAAUCCUUAAUUAAUAUGUCACCAGAGAAUCAGAGAUUAAUUAAAUUCCAAGGGAAACUGCUUAAAAGUACAAUGCCCUCAACUCCUCAAAUAAGGAGACCUCAAUCCCUGUGAUUAUGCAAUUUCCGCCAAAUAUGGUAACAAAAUUCUCAGUUCAUCAAACCAUUGUGCCAACCUUAAAUCUCCUGACAUACAAGUGUACCAAUUUCCACUAUUUUUGGGCAAAAUAAAACAGGGCAUUCUUGGGGUAUUGGCCUAGAAAGAGAAGAAAGUUUGCUAUUUAAGGCAUGAGGCUAAGGAUGAGGAAGACAGUUGCAGCAGUUAUAGUCAAUUGCUAUUUCAGAAGGCAACCAUUGGUGAGCUGCAAAGUGGCAAGUAGCAGAACAUAGGGCCUUAUGCAUUCCAACACGUGUAAAAAAGGAGCCCACGAGCUUGUUACCUCAUUUUUGGAGAGACGGCUCGAAAGGCACCCGGAAAUUGCAGCAAUGGCUCAACUAGAUGGGACACAGAGAUUCAACGAGAACCCCCAAAUUUCUACCAUCCCAACUAUAGAACAACUUCUCCAAGGCGAAGACUGGAGCUGGUCAGAAAGCAACUCACCCACCUCUGGAAAGGAUCACCAUGAAGAAGGUCAUGCACAUCCUAACAAGAGAUCAGUCCUUGCAAGAGUGAGGGAGAAGGCCAGAAAAUGGCGACAGAGUCGGGGGAAGAAGAAGCAGAGCUAUGAGGGUGCCACCAUGCCCUCAUGCGACGUUAGCUUGGGUGCCGAGGAUGAGGAGAAUGAACAAGAUGCUGAAUAUUUUGGAGCCCCAAUGUAUGAAUCAGAGUUGGCACCAGAAGGGUACAAGGAGGCUGCAAGGCUGCAUCCGAGAACAGUUCCUGUGACAUCUGAGAAGCACGAUUUGGAUAGCAGCGGUACAAGAGACGAUGCCGAACAAGGAAAAGAGACCAAAACAAUAACCGAAACUGUGACUGAGAAGCUGGCACCUGCAUAUGCAACUGUGGCAGAAGCAACCCACACAAUUGCUUCAAAAAUUCAAAGCCUGACCGUAAAAUCUCCAACAGCAUCUUCGACCCCAGAACAAAGUAGCGGCAGUGAGCAAAAGUGGGAUAAAGGGGUUUCAGUGAAGGAAUAUCUGAUGCACAAGCUCGAACCAGGGGAAGAUGAGAGAGCACUUUCUCAAGUCAUUUCUGAGGCAAUUAGUCCAAGGAAAGCUCCUGGUGAAAUGGGUAUGGUGGAGAAAGUAAAAGGUGCUGUUACUUCACUGCUUCAGGCUGAGUCACCCUCCCAAUCCACAAUGGCAAUUUCAAACUCUUCAUCUCAGAUUCCCAUCUCUACCAAUGCUCAUGAAGCUGUUGAUGAAGAAAAUCAUGGAAGGAUACUGCAAACCAACUGAAACCAGAACAUUUCUUCUACUGCAGAUGAAGAAUAUAAAUUUUUUUUUUUUGGGGGAUUCACCGUUGGAGUUGUGUGUAAUAAUAAUGGAGUAGUGAGUGUAUGUGAAGAUAGGUUUCUCUAUCUACAAAAGCUGUGUCCUCUGUAUUUAUCUAUAUGAUGUAUAUUAGCAGCUUAAUAGCGAUUGAAUUGAAUGAGCUUAUUCAA